UGCAGAAACAUCGACAGGACGCGGCGCCGGCGUAGCAAACGUACUAGUGGACUAGAGGGUAGCUAGCAUAUCUAUCGAUCCAUCGUCUCCUUUCACCCUUCGCUGUCGCCAUGAGGACCUCCGUGGUGCACGCGCCGGCCGGAACGGCGCUGCUGGGCCACCCGCUGGCGGUGCUGGCGGAGAGGCCGGCGCCGCGGCUGACGCGGCUGCUGGUGAACGUGACGGUGGAGCGGAGCCUGUGGCCGGUGCACGUCGUGCUGGCCGCCGACGCCACCGUGGCCGACCUCGCGCGCGCCGCCGUCGCCGCCUACGUCGCCGAGGCCCGCAGGCCGCCGCUCCCCGCCGACGCCAAAGACUUCGAAGCGGCCGCACGGUUCGAGCUGCAUCUCUCCAAGUACUCCCUCGACGCGCUGAACCCUGACGAGAAGGUGCUGGAUCUUGGGUCUCGCAAUUUCUUCCUCUGCGCCAGAAGAUUCUGAUGGAUUACCCUGUAGAAGACCAUGACCAGAUGCUUCUUCGGCAGGAGUAUCUCGCGCCGGCGCCUCCACAGUCCACAGUACGUCUCACCUUGAAGAGACGUAGAGAAGAUACGUGCCGCGCGCUUCAGCAUAGUUUCUACGACAUUGCAGGCCUGCAGCACCACAUAGCAAGACGAUGCGAAGAGAAUAAAAGAGCAUGAACAGAGAAACAUGACAACGAUGUGCUUAGUCCUUUUUGACACCGAAUCAGUUGAACUUGAACUGAACACGAAUGCAUGCUUUCGACAGGCAAGAAGAAAGAAGAGAGAACUUCCUUAUAGCUCGGUCGGUCGUGUGUGCUUGUCUUUUUAAACAAGUGAAUAAUUCUCACUCGAUCCAGAAUUAACUUUUAGUUUAGACAAACUGAAUCUCAGCUGUAUCAGUUUGAUCUAUUUUUUUCUCAGUUGCAACACAUGUUAAGCCUCCAA